AUGGCGGCCACAGGCGUCGUUUCUCCGCCCACCAACCCGGUGAACCCAGUCUUCACGACGCCGACCCUCGCUCAAACGCCGACCGCUGUUGACACCCAGGCUCUCGUCGCUGCGUUCGCAUUUGGUAUCGCGAUCAAUGGAGCCUCCGCCGCUGCGCUGGCCCUCACGAUAUCCCUCAUAUCCGCGGCCCUCUGGGCCGGUGUCGACUUCGCCGCCACCGCCGUCGAUCCCUCCUCACCAUCUAAUUGCCAGAUCGCUACCGUCAUAGCCUCCGCCUUUGACCAGAUCGCCAGGACCGCCUUUCUCCAGUUCUUCUUGUGGGCGACCGCCGCCGUGGCCAAGACGUCCGUUCAACGUAUCGUGCCCCAGGUUCUCCUCACCGCUCGAUUCAUUCUCGGUGCCGUAUGGGUCGCCAUGCAGAGGCCCCAGUUCAACCCCGUCUGCGUCACAACCACCCAGAUCGUCCCUAUUUCCGGUGCCACCAUCGGUAUCGACGCCCUCGUUCUCUCCGUGUGCCUCUUUAGGCUGUUCGCCGCCGGUGGGCUUCGGGAGCAAAAGGACGACCCUAGGAGCGAUGUCAAGGCGCAAGCCGUCACUUUCACCAUGGUCGGCUACGGAGUCUGGCUCGCAUCGAGUAUCCCCAUGCACCUCGGUAUUACGGGCAUGGCCCUGACCCUAAGGACCGCGCUCCCUGCCGCCGCGCUGGCCAUCCUUGCUGUACCCCCGAGCCGAUACGAAGACUUGAAGCGCGGAGACAUCAUCUCCAUCUCCGCCUUCCCCGCCCCGCCGAGUCGCGAGGGACCCCGCGCCGACGAGAGCCCCAUCGAGCAGGCUCCUCUGCCGAACAUCACCACGGCUGGGGCCGGCCAAGCCGUCACCGGCACGGCGCCCGUUGUCGCGGCCGUGGCCGUUACCGGCCUCGUCCAGCAGCUCAAGCCUUCAGAGGGUCAACCCCUGAACAAGAUCGCCACCGUCGACUUGGCCACGGCGGCCAGGAACGAAAGGGAGCGGAGGGACCAAUCCGCUCUGCAGAGGGAUUCCACCUUGAUCGCCAAGAGGCCCGCUCCCCCACCCCCGACGGGCAACCCCGAGGAGGCGAUGAAGCGAGCGCAGAGCGUCAAGAGAAAGGAGGUUGCGUCUGCCUUCACGGCGGACGACGGCAGCAGCAGCAGUGGCAGGCUCAGCGUCGACGACGCCCAGCCCACCGCCAUCACCAGCUCGGCGCAGCUUUCCCCGGCGUCGAGGAGCUGA